AUGCCCCGACCCAAAACUUCCGCAACCCAUAGCGGGUCGCGUGACGGCAGUGGAGAGGAGAGCGACGCGACGCUCGACCCGCACUCCUCGUCGUCCGCACCCAGCCGGCGCACCCGCAAACGCCCCGCACACAUGGCUCGCCAAGGCUCCGUCGAACAGACUUCCUCGCCCGCCUCCCGCUCGUAUGCUGGUUCGCAGAACGCUUCGAACGUCGCCGACCUCUCCGACGUUGGGGAGGGCAACAGUCAAGCUCGCUCCCGCUAUACCGACCGUAGAAGCAGCGGCCAACCACACCGAACGGUCACAUCUGCCUUUGAAUCUCCCGACCAGGCGCGCGAACGUCUCGUGCUCAUGCAGUCCAGCUCUCCUCGUGUCAGCAAUACGCAGUCUGCACACGACCACACCCACCCUGCUCGUAGCAACACAAAUACGCCAGACGCUCGAUCGCGACUAGACACGGCUCACGGAGCGCAAACACCUCACGCCUCGUCAUCGAGAUGCAUCGAAACAUCGAUCACCUCGAUGUCGCAGACCCGCAUGAACGGAUCUGCGUCCAACCGCAUGCAGGUUGCUGAGGCAUCUGCCAGACUAGAACCAGCGACCACUGGCCUCUCGCUCCACUUGCCACCUUACGAGGCAGGCAGCUACGCAGAGAUGGAACCCGCUCGGAGUGGGCCUCUACAGCCUCUGUCUUCCUCGACUCAGCUCUCGGCCCCUUCCAUGGCAAGCACCGCCAGCAACAUGUCGCCGCCACGGCCUACGCGGGCUCUUCCGCGACGUCGAGCAUCGGCCCGCACUCAAUCUAGGCCGCUGCUAUCGAGCUCCAACAGCGCGUCGUCAUCCUAUGCAUUGCGAUCGCGAUCGUCCUCGAGCUCCAACGUGCUAGCAUCCAGCAGCUCCGCAGCCAACAUCAUGGCCUCCGGUCAGAACCGUCUCAACCUUGCCACGGGCUGUGCUCCCCUCGGCGGUGGAUUCGACCCUUCGUACACUCCGCCCUCGGGCAUGUCGACUCCGCGUACGCCCUUGGCCGAGAUCCCGCUUUGGCUAGCAGACAUGCGGAGCCAGAGCCGCAGGAGCAGCACGAGCUCCACCAGCUUCAUCGACCGCGAUGACUACCUUACCGCUUCGAGGUCGGCAGCUUCGCAUCACGCCAGGACGCUGUCCGCCUCGUCUUCUGGUCCGUCCAGUCCGGGUGCCACGCGAACCGGUUCCAUCUCUCCGGUGGUCCCCUUCCGCCGCUCGCUGCGGGGUCGAAGGCCGCGUCAGAGCGACGAGAACGCACGCCUCAGCCCCUCGCCGUCCUACUUUGGCGAGUUCGAGAAUGGCUCGGCUGCCUCGACUCGGGGCGAGAUGACGGCGCUCGACGAGACGCCUGACGCGGACGAUAGCACCUCUUCUAGCAUGAUUCAUCUCGGUACCACGUCUCCCUCGACGCCGUCCGUGCAAUUGCAAGCAUCGAGUCCGGCCAUGUCGACACGAAGUCGCACGUUGAACCGCCUCGCCUCGAUCCGGGCCCGCAGGCUCACAGAUCCUCUCAACGCCCCGAUCACCACAAGCGCACCUCCAGCUUCCGAAAGGCAGGAUGCUCGAUAUGCUCAGAGAAUCGCUCUGAGCUCCAGCUAUGGCCAGCUGCGCAGUACUGUGGCCGACGAGCAGAGGUCGGCGAGUCUUCUUGAACGUCGAUUCGCGGCGGCCAAUGUGUCUGCGAGCCCUUCCGGACCGACUGGGCGUGUCUCGAGUCGACCCAGCUCACGCACGUCGUCGCCGGCGCGUGGGACCCGGGCCUCCAGACGGCGCAGCACUGCAGCCGAGGGCCAGGUGGGCUCAGCAGUCGAUGCCAACCAUCUGGGACCCGUUCCAGCUGACCUGCCACCCCUUCAGAUCCAUACUGCGCGAUUGCAUCGCGACGCUGCACACGAAGUCCCCUACCCCGCUGCCAUUCCGGGCUUACAUGACGCUGCAGGCUCGUCGAGGCUCUCGGGACUUGAGGGCGCCACCGCGGCCGGCCUGGAAGGUCCGGCGAUGCAGUUGGAGCCGAUCUCGCCCUCGGCGUUCUCUGAGAUGACGAGCUUGACGCAGGGGUCGACGGCUUCAGAGAGCGUGAACAGCGUCGGGGGAAUGCCUACCACGCCGUCGUCGUCAGCAUCGCUGCUGGAUCCCUUUUCGCGCUCGCUCGGCCACGAUGCUGGCUUCGGGGAAGCUACGGCUUCCUCCAGCCGUGCGAGAGGGGAAGCCUCGGUCCGCACCGACGAGACUGUCGAUGCGGGCGCCAACAGCGCUGCUGCCUCGCAGCGCUCAGACCGCAUGCUGAGGCAGCAGCGCAAGAACCCGAUGGCCGCGCGCAGCGGCGAAGAGGAUGCGCUUGGUCUAAGACUUGAUCCGCGUCCUUGA